UGACAUUGACAAUUACAUUGUCAUCUUCUGAGUCGAUUUCUAAAUUGUGUCUUUUUGUGUAUUCAUAAUUUCAUACGAACCACUGUAAGAUAUUCCCAGUUUUCCAACAUUAGCUUAUAAAACCUAAAAAUGAGCUUUGAAACAUCAACGAACAACGGUAAUAAUAGACCCGAACGGAGAUACUAUGAUCGUUCUAAAUGUGAUGAUCUUCAUAUAUCGAGAACGGAUAUGAAUAUGUUGAUAAUGAAUUAUUUAGUUACAGAAGGUUUCAAGGAGGCAGCUUUGAAAUUUCAACAAGAGGCAGGCCUACAAGAACCAGCAUUGUGUAGCUCACUAGAUGAACGUAUCAUGAUCAGAGAGGCAGUCCAAAAUGGACGUAUCCCUGAAGCCAUUUCAAUGGUUAAUGCCCUACAUCCAGAAUUGUUGGACAAUGACAGAUACUUGUACUUUCAUUUACAGCAAUUGCAAUUGCUGGAAUUAAUUCGAGGAGGACGGGCAGAGGAAGCCCUUGCCUUCGCAAGUGCCACAUUAGCAGAAGCUGGAGCAAAUGACCGUAAUGCUCUCACUGAGCUAGAGAGAUCUCUUGCUUUGUUAGCUUUCCCAGACCCUCACACUUCACCAUUUGCUGACCUGUUGCUACCCUCUCAUAGUCAAAAGAUUGCAAGUGAACUUAAUGCAGCAAUACUUAAGAUGGAGAACCAAGAAUACACCAACCCAAAGUUGUGCAGUCUUUUACGGAUGAUACUCUGGUCCCAGAGUGAACUUGACAAACAUGGUGUUAAGUACCCAAAAAUGACAGACCUUGCGAAUGCUACUAUAGAACAGCCAAAAUGAAAUAAGUUUCGAAAGAAGAGUAAUAUGUUUAGGUGUGAUUGAAAAACUCUUUCAAAUUCAAAUGUAUGACAAAUAAAUUUAUAUCUUUUUUAGAAUAUAAAUCUUUCUGUCUUCUAGACUAGAUCAUUGAGAAAGAGUAUUCAACAUGAAGAAAGUGUAUUUUGUUAGCAAAGAUUAAAUUAUAAAAUUAACUAAAUGUGAUUGUACAUUGUAAAUAAUUAACAUUUCACAAGCAACCUUAAAAAUAAUUAGCUAUGACAUCUAUUUCAAAUUUAAUUUGUCUUGGUAAUUAUUUUUAAAUACAC